AUGGAGCAAACCAAGGCCUUGAACGCUCUCGAGCCGUUCCUCGCCCUCUCCAAAUCGGCCACAUCCCCCCGAGCCGCUGCCGAUCUCAUCACACGAGCUACCUCCGCGCCAAACACCUACAUCUUCGCAGAGCUCCUCCAACAACCACAGAUCCAAGCUCUCUCCCAGAAUCCCGAUUUCGCACCCCACCUGGCACUCCUCCAAAUAUUCUCAUACGGCACCUACCAGAGCUACCAUGAGACGCCCAAUUUGCCACCGCUGAGCGAUGCUCAAACCCUCAAGCUCCGCCAGCUCUCUCUCCUCACUCUCGCGCGUGACAGAUCAAACCUGUCAUAUGAUGCUCUCCAGAAAACGCUAGGACUCACCUCAGCGAGACAACUAGAAGAGCUCGUCAUCACCGUCAUAUACGCCGGCUUACUGCACGCCACGCUCGACCCAGCCCGCCAAGCCAUCCAAGUAAAUAGCGUGGCUCCCCUACGCGAUCUUUCCCCAGGAUCCAUCCAGGACUUGAUUACUGCCCUCAACAACUGGUCAGAGAGAUGUACGUUGACAUUAAGCGAUCUGGAAGCACAAAUCCGAAAUAUUCAGGCUUCCGCCGCGAAGCGAGAAAAGGAAAAGAGGGCAGCAGAGCAUAGAAUUCAGGCUUUGGUUGCCGAGUCGCGAGAGUCAGAAAAGAAGCUGGACUUGCCGGGCCGCGAUGUCCUUCCACGGAGAGGGUAUAAUAAACGGUCCAUGGUUGACACCGCCAAUGUUGCUAAUGACGAGACAAUGGAUGUGGAUGAACCGUCUGCCGCGGAGGAGCAGAAGAAGCGGGCGAGUAAGCGGAAGAUGUAG